AUGACGACGGUCCCAAUCACUCCUUCGGCCAGUUCGGCUCAUCCUUCGUCUGGAUCCCGUCCAUCAACAUCCAACAUCAAUAAGGAAAUACCUUCCACUCCAACGAAAGCUCAUAGAGCGAAGUCUCAAACACCCUCACCAAGCAAGAGUAAGGAGCAUUCUCCGAUCCCCGCGAGAAUCCCCACACCAACUUCCCCAACUAUCGAAGCUGGUAAGAAGACCGUGCACAAGAUGGCCCAAGCGGGUCAAGGUAAUAAGGAAAAGGAAAAUGAAGAUGGAAAGAGCUUGCUCAACCCUCAUUCUUCCACCUUCGAACCCAAAUCCAUUUCCGAGACUUUUACCUCUAAGAUGCGCAACCUUACGAUGACCGAUCAAGGAUCUUCCUCUAGAUAUGUAGAGAAUGUACCUGAGAUCGAAGGUCCCUCCACUCCGAAGAAGAAGAAAGAAGUCCCUCACUUCGAGACCCCUCGUCGUCCUAUUCGAGCCGAAACAACUACUGCCACUCCUUCUCUCAGCUACACCCCAUUCGCUCCUUCCACCGGUCAAUCCUCGAGAUUCCCGGUCACUCCUUCUACCCCUGCCACACCCGUUAGAAGAGAGGGGGAAUCUAUCUCCAAAGAGAAGAACACAAGAGAAGAGCAAUUCGUUUCUGGGUCAACCGAAGCGAAUCCAGACGAGAUUGGGAGAUAUCUUCUGAUCCAACAAAUCCCUCUAGAUACAACGGAAAAUGAGAUCAAAAAUUUGUUUCAAUCGAAUUGCAACUUCAAAGCGAUCGUUAUCAAGCAUCUCAAAGCAAAGGGACUUGUAUUGGUCGCAUUCUAUGAUCCUCGAGAAGCUGCGAAGCUCUACAACCUAUUCCAGUCCAGCUCCGUACGCAUCAAGACAGAUGGCCCCUUGACACAGCUUCAUUGUAUGAAGACUGACCUUCAUGUGGUACAAUCAAUCAUCGGCCGCUCUUCUGGAUGGGAGGCCAUUUGGGAAAAUUCACAAUCUGUCAUCAAGGUCGAGAUUGUCGGUGGAGUAGGUGUGACUGUAGACGUUAUGAAGAAAACCUUAUCAAUGUUUGGGGAACUGCAACGCUUGGAUGAAUUCGGUCAUACAGGAAGAUGCUUUAUCGCCGAGUACUUCGACACUCGACAUGCAGCGCAAGCUAUCAGUUUGCUUGAUGGCCAAAAAGCCCAACAAGCUCUGAUCUCGGUUUCAUACCUUCACUCAACGGCGAACCCGGCUUUGGCUACAGCUAACUCUUCAAAGUAUACUCUCGGUUCAGUUGCGUACUUCCCGGGAAGAAUAGGACCAGCGGGGUCCUCAACUCGUAGCCAGUCCGACUCCAUAGCUGGUUCGGACGUAUUCGGUUACACAACCUCGACCGAAGCCAGCAGUCCGAUCCAUACCCCAAGAACAGCUCCUUUCAGUCGAAUCAGUAGUGACUCGGACGUUUUCAACUCUCGAAAACCAUCUUCAAUUUAUUCUACGGCUUCUCAAUCUCGCAAUACUAGUGGAUACUCCACUCCUCAAAGCUGGACCAGGACUUCUACUGUGGGCUCUCAGUCAGGAUACGAUACCCCUGCUCACCUUCUUGCCCUCAGCAGAAGACUGCACGAGCCUGGUACUGUUGAAGGUCUGAUUAACAACGCUGAUAUCGAAGCUCGAGCUAGACAAGGUCAAGGUAUCGGUGGUCAUUGGAAUGCCAAUGACAGAAAGGCUAUUCCUGCUCAUAACAGAGUAUUCCCUGAAAGGAUUUUAUCAGGUCUCGAUCCACGAACAACGGUCAUGAUCAAAGAUGUUCCCAAUAAAUUGUCAAGACAGGAGCUUGUCAAUAUCCUUGAAGAGGUGGUACCUGGAGACUACGACUUUGUGUAUCUCCGAUUUGAUUUCAAGAACUGCUGCAACGUGCUUUACCGAUUCAUCGAAGCCAAAGUAGGCAAGAAAUGGAACUUGUUCUCCAGUGAGAAAGUCCUCCAAGUCUCAUAUGCGGAUAUUCAUAGAGGUAAACCGGCUUUGAUCAACAAGUUCAAGAAUUCCGCUGUUAUGGGCGUCAUUGAAGCUUGGAGACCCCAAAUAUUCUACUCAAGUGGUCGAAUGAAGGGCAAACCUGAACCUUUCCCCGACUCCGACAAUUUGGCUGUUAGAUCAAGAUCUGCCGCCGCUCAGCUGGCUGGCUUUUCGACCGGGUCCAACUACUCUUAUGGGCACGAAGAUCAAUACUACGAUUACUCUUCGCCUCACGGUUCCACCUAUGGGAUCUAG